AUGCGCCUAAUUCACACAGAGCGGUUACAGCUCGAAGAAUUCACGGAUGAUAUCCCACCUUACGCGAUUCUCUCGCAUAGAUGGGGAAAGCAGGAGGUUUCGUUCCAAGAUAUACUUAAUCGAAACCAACAUGCGGAAGGCUACAGAAAAGUGGAACGAUUCUGUGAAGUAGCCAAUCAAAAUGGCUUUGAGUAUGCCUGGAUUGACACUUGUUGCAUCAACAAAGAAAGUAGCGCUGAGCUGUCCGAAGCAAUCAACUCAAUGUUUAGAUGGUAUGAAUCGGCCGGACGGUGUUAUGCCUACCUCUACGAUAUCUCAUCUGAUGGGGACCAGUCUGAUUUGUCCACCAAGAUUAGGAGCAGUGAAUACUUCAAGCGAGGUUGGACUCUACAAGAGCUAAUCGCCCCACCAGAUGUGCGCUUGCUUGCAGAUGACUGGAGUGAAAUAGGUUCAAGAGACUCUUGGUGUUCUUUAAUACACGACAUCACCAAUAUAGAUGAAUCAAUUCUGCGAGGGUCGGCGCAAUUGUCUGGUUUCAGCAUUGCCAGACGAAUGUCAUGGGCCGCUGGGAGGAAGACGACACGAACUGAAGAUGUAGCAUACUGUCUCAUGGGAAUAUUCCACGUUAAUAUGCCAUUACUCUAUGGAGAGGGCGAGAAGGCCUUUGUCAGAUUACAAGAAGAGAUCAUGAAGGAGUCAGCUGACCAGACACUUUUCGCAUGGGAAGCACGUGAGACUUCCGAGAGACUUGCAACUGGCUUGCUUGCACAAUCGCCCGCCGACUUCAAAAACUCCGGGGAUAUCGUACCUUUUUACUUCUCGAAGAAGGAUGCUGCUCCCUUCUCGGUAACGAACCGAGGCAUACGGCUACAUUUGCCCUUCUAUAACAACCUGCUGGUGAAAGACAUACUGGUUCUUGAGUGUCAGGACACUGCACAAAGCUAUAGAACCCUUGUGGGCAUUUACUUGCUGCCGAGUCCUGCCGGGCAGCUUCAAUAUAUGAGACAUAACUCUAGACUCAACAGGGCAAUACCGCUGGGUAAGAUGCGUCACGUCAAGGCUCAAACGAUAUAUGUUCUAAAAACCUCUAACGGUGAAGGAGGGAGCUCUCUGCUACAUGAACAUAAGCCGUACCAUUAUACAGAACCACGCCUCCGUAAGGAGAUAGGUCAAUCAGGAGAGCUUCCGAAAAAGCUUAUUCUUUGUUUCGACGGGGGAAUUACUAGAUAUGACGCAAAACAUCAAUCCAAUAUUGAAAAAAUCCAUGAUAUGCUCUAUGGAACUAACGGCUCCCAGCUUUGCCAUUACCAACGAGUCAAUUCUGAUCGUGCUAGUGACUUUAUAGCGUGUAUGGAUGAUGGAUACACUUGGCUGGUAGAUUACUACAACGUUGGCGAUGAGAUUUUCCUUUUUGGCUUCUCUCACGGGGCCUACAUGGCUCAGGCACUUGCGAAAAUGCUUCAAUUUAUUGGGAUCUUACCUGAAAGCAACGGAAGGUUCAAAGCUGUCUGGGAGAUCUAUCAACACUGGAAUAAUUACGCCUUGAGAGCCGAGCCUGAUGAAAUGUGGGAAGAAAGGGAAAGCUAUUUUAAAAUGAAGGAGUUUAGGGAAAGAUUCUGCAAGCCAGCCAACUUGAUCCCAUUUCUUGGUCUAUUCGACACGACUGUCAUCCGACCUAGAUUUCUCAAAGAAGAAGACGAGCAAACUCCAAUAGCCUCAGAAAUCUCAAAGUCAGCCGGCACCAUCUGUCACGCGGUGUCAAUAGAUGAAUAUCAGGCUGCAUUACGCCCAAUCCUCCUGAGAGAAGAGCUGGGCGAUGGGCUGCGCAUGAAAGGUAUUAAGCAAGUUUGGUUCCCGGGUGGCCAUGCUGAUAUUGGCGGGCUCGUGCCUCUAGAGCCCGGUGAGUUUUGGAGUCUCGGCCACAUCCCUCUGGUCUGGAUGUUCGGAUGUGAUGAGCAUACACAAGUCAGCCCGCUCAAUCUAACCAAUAUAAUGGAGAGUGGCAUUCUAAGUGAACAGUACAACGCAUACAGAGUGAGCCCAGAGUCGGUAUUUUCUACUGAUCAAUUGAAAGACUCGCUGCAUCUUGCGUCCAUACAAGGACACUUACACAACUCCGUAGGCCGCCAGCACACGAUCAAGCGAGAGAUAGCCCAAGCUCUUCUUCCUUAUGCCGCAUACCGAAAGCUGCCCUUUACAAAGCCUCGGGAUCUUCCACUCUUUGCUAAAGUGCAUGCUUCUGCUAUCCGCAGAAUGACCCUGAGAUCAAGCGAUUACCGUCCUGCUAAUGUGAUCAUGAAUCGCGAACCGGGGAGAAACACGACCUUAUAUUCAGCGUAUAAAAAGAAAUCCUUGAUCACAUUCACCGGUUUUGGCGAUAUGAUUGGGCAAUGCUACAUUGUUGUCAACAAAGCUGAAGCUCGGUCAAUUGCGCCAGUCUGA